CCCUCACACACACACGCACGCAAGCCACACCCGCGCCAUGUCCACGUCGGCGCCGCCGCCGGCCUCGGCGCCGCCGCAGCCGUCGCGCUGGUCGCGCUGGGGCAUCGCCGGCGUCAAGAAGGUCAGUGCGCCGCCACUUUGGCUCGAGGCGCACGCAGCAGGCAGAGAGGGAGCAGCGGCAGGGCGGAGGCCGUGCCGUGCCUCGUGCCGUGUAGCUCAGGUGUGGCAUGCACCCCAGCCGCGCUGUCUCUCCGCCCUCUCGGCCUUGUCCGCGCCAAGCUGACCUGCUCCACGCCAGGGCGUCGCCAUCUCGGACUGGGCCUCCGGCUACGCCAACUCCGUCUCGGCCAGUGCGUCGCGCGCGCCCGUGUCCACACCCCCGAGUCUCGCACACGCGGCGCCGAUUUGCUGACUGCUGAUUGGCUGAUGUGCUGGCAGAGAUCGGCGGCGAGCGCUUCUGGCCGUCGAGCAACGACAUGCCGCUCGAGCUGGACAAGUGCGAGCGCAUCCUGCGCGCCUUUACCGUCGAGGGCAUUCCGCAGAAGGAGGAGAAGGAGGAGGAGGUGCCCGACGGCAAGGGCGGCAUCCUGCGCAAGAAGCGGCGCGUGCUCAAGAAGAUCGUGAGUGUGCCUGUGCCGAGGGGAAAUGCCGGUGCGGCGGCCCGGCGCAAGAGGUUGAGGAGGGGCAAAGGGGGCUGACGUCCUCCUCAGCCGCCGCAGGCCAUCGCGCGCGCACGCGGCAUCUGCAUCUACUCGUCGAUGCGCUCCGGCAUUGCGCCGCUGGGCGGCUCGGGCGGCGCCGGCAUCGUCAUGGCGCGCCUGCCCGACGGCAG